AAAAUGGACCCAAAAGGACCCCUACAGCCUAAGAAUGAACCUACUACUAUUAAGAAUGGUGUGGUUGAAAGUGUUUUUAAGUUCUCAAAAGCCAUUUUCAAUGCCAGAAAAGUUGCUGAGAAAAUAUCUCAAGUGUUUCCAUCGAUUAUGUGAGAAGAGGAGAACUGCUUUAAAAAUGGGGAAUUGAUAGAGCAGCAUAAGUUCAAAUGCCAUAAUCAUCAGCAGGAAUACUCUAACAUUAACAUAUCAGUCAAUGAAGCUUAUAAAGCACAUCUAAAAAGAGUCAAUGAGAUUGAGCAGGUCUUUGUCAAAGUAGAAAUCAUGUUUGCUUUCAUGAAAUCUGAAGGUGUCAUCUCAGAAAUUAGCAAACCUGACGUAAAGAGUAUGAACGAUUUGUACGAGAAAAUAGUAGAUGUACUCAAUGUAGCAGAGAUCAAAGCAGAAGGUCUAAGGAAAGACUGAAGAUGACAAGAUUUCGAUUUCCUUGAAGAUGCUAUCAACAAGUCUUCAAAAAUGAAAGAUGAAAUACAUGCAAUAUUCUCUCCAUAUUUAGUCUCUGUUCUUGAAAAUAGAGCAUUUGACCAUCUCACAGGAAAUGCUGAUGAAAAGGCCAAGGAAUCUAAAGAAGAAGACUUCUCACCAAUAUUUGAAACUUUGAUAGAUAAUGAGUACGAGUUCUGAACGCUUUUAAUGCAUCCCAAACUAGAGCUCAAAGAUAAGAUAAAGGAAGUUAUAGAAGAGAAAAAGACUAAGGGUACAAAAGAAAGGGCUUCAAUAUUAGUUGGACUGCAUCAGUCUAAAGGACUAUAUGAGCUCCAAAUCCAGCACGCUAGGGAUGAAAAUCUUAGACUUCAAAGAGAGAAAGAGCAAUGCCAAAUGAAACUUGUACAAAUGGUCAAAAAACUUGAAGAAAAUGGUGUUACACAUUGAAAGAGAGAAGAUAUCUACUCAAGCAAAGGAAUUUCAAAUGUACCUAUUAAAGCAGACAUUGACUUCUUCCUCAAAGAGAUGGGAACGGAUAAGUUAAUUAUGAAUGGAAGUAGAACUCUUUCAGGCCCUUCUGUUGAUCUCAAAACUUUAAUAUAAACAUGAGCAUCAAAGAAGAAGAUGACGAAGAUAUCUCCAGCAGUAGUCAUGAAAGCUACUACUUCGAUGAAGAUAGUGAAGAAGAACCUGAACAAGACACUCACAAAUCUCACAACAACAAGAAGGAUCAUGACAAUAGCAAUGAGGAACAAAGAUUUACAUCAGCAGAUGCCAGCACAAAGGGUGAACAAGAUAAGACAAGCAAGAUCAACAAAGAAACUGGAAAGAAUAGUCAGGAUAGAAGACAUGAAGAAGGGGAGAAGUCUAGAUGAGCUCAAGAGGAAGAGCUCCCUGAGAAAGAAGUGAAGAAAAAUGUAACUGAGGGAAAUGAAGGAAAUCAAGAUAAUGAAAAACUAUUGGAAAAUGGUGAAGACACUCCUUUGCAGAUAAUUAAAGAUAUUCCAAGUGAAGAAAUGGAUAAAAUGAAAUCAAACGAUAAGCAAGCUCAAGAUAGUAGAGAAGAAACAAAGAAUUCUGAAGAAACAAGUCACAGUGAAUCUGAUUCCAAAUCUUCUGAUGAAUCAGAUUCCCAGAUAAUUAAUACUACUAACCAAGUUUCUAAAACUCCCGAUUCCUCAGAAAAGAUUUCUAACAAGAAGUUAACCAAGAAAGAAGAGGAAGAUAGAAUUUCUUUUGGUAGAGAUGAUGAAAAGCCAAACACAUUAACCAUCGGAGAACAUCCCCAUAUUGAAGUCCCACAGGAUCUUGAACAGAUAGCAGAAAGGCCAUCCUUCCAAGCUGCAGAUUAUGACAUGUUUAAGAACACAAUGGGAUUAGAUACCAAGAAUGCUAGGGUUACUCAUGAGACACCUCGAUUCACUCUCAACUCGAGGUUUGCAUUUGAUAAGUUAAAGAUAGAGAAAAGUGAUAUUGAAGAACAAAAGACAUUUCUGAGGCUUGUUCAAAAAUUAGUAAAUCAGAAAUAUACUAAAUUCAAUAAAACCAUGAUUCUCAGCCUUGACAUCACCAAAGCAAAUCAUUGCCAGUUUAUUUCCAGCUGCGAUGAACAGAGAGUACCAGAGUUUAAAGGAAUCUACAUUGGUUAUAAAGUAAAUCCUAAUAAGAGACAUGACUAUGACAAAAGUUUCAUAAUGAUGCACAAACAUAAAGAGGCGAAGUUUAAAAUCUUUAAAAGAGGAAUGAGGAAUUUGUUGAACCAAAGCCUUUCUCAUGUCUAUUUAGACCUCUUCAUUCUUGACAACAUGGCCAUGAAGAUAGUUAUAGAAGGGUGCUGUAAUGCAAAGAAGCUAACACUCAGAGGAUGUGAAGUUCAUAUAAACCGUAGUUUCAGUGUUAAAUUAUCGAUCCGAUAUCGCCUUGAGGACAUUAAUUUAUUUGGAACUUUGGAUUAUAGUGAUGAAAACUAUAUGAAUGAGGUCAAGCUCAAAAUAUUUGCCUUAGUUCUUGCAACUACAAAUAUUAGAAACACUCUCAGUAUUGCAAGAGUAGCAGAAAACAUGUUUCCUACUAGGAUUGCUCAACAGAUUUUCAAUGAGUCUAAAUUCAAUUUGGAGGUAGUGGGAGAGCACAAGAUUCAGAGAGGAUUAGAAUAGCCAAAAUACCUCC